AUGAUAGGUCCUCCGGAAGUUGAGUUUGUCUCCAUUUUCGUUCAGCUGCCCACAGCCCUGUUCUGUAAGCUCGCAAUGAGUCACUCGGUCACGGAGCAGGAUGGGAGGGCCAAGCUGGCCAGGAGGAAAGGGGACAGUGCCACAGGAGAGAGACGUGACUAUCGUGGAUCCUCUGGGGAGCCUCAACAACAACAUGAUGCUGACGAGGCAGAGAAGAGUCCCUCCACAUCAGAACACCUCGAGAAACACCAGCGGAGACCCACAGGAAAGACACCUCACUGCUGCGCUGACUGUGGGAAGAGAUUUACCUCUUCGGCUGACCUUAUAAGACACCAGAGAAUCCAUACAGGAGAGAAACCGUAUAGCUGUGAUCAGUGUGGGAAGAGUUUUAAUGUUCCAAGCAGCCUGAAAACACACCAGAGAACACACACAGGAGAGAAGCCUUAUAGCUGUGAUCAAUGUGGGAUGAAUUUUACUACAUCUAGCCAGCUGACGUUGCACCAGAGAACACACACAGGAGAGAAUCCUUAUAUCUGUGAUCAAUGUGGGAUGAAUUUUACUACAUCUAGCCAGCUGACUUUGCACCAGAGAACACACACAGGAGAUAAGCCGUAUAGCUGUAAUCAAUGUGGGAAGAGUUUUGCUCACUCACACAGCAUGACAGCACACCUGAGAAUACACACUGGCGAGAAACCUCACUGUUGCUCUGACUGUGAGAAGAGAUUCACCUCUUCAGCACACCUUAAAAUACAUCAGAGAAGCCAUACAGGAGAGAAGCCUUAUAGCUGCUCUAACUGUGGGAAGAGCUUUUCAAAAUCAUUUACAUUACAAUCACACCAGAGAAUUCACACCGGAGAGAAACCUUAUAGCUGCUCUGACUGUGGGAAGAGCUUUUCAAAAUCAUUUACAUUACAAUUACACCAGAGAAUUCACACUGGAGAGAAACCUUAUAGCUGUUAUCAAUGUGGGAAGAGCUUUACUCACUCAAACAGCUUGACAGUACACCAGAGAACACACACGGGAGAGAAACCUUACCACUGCUCCGACUGUGGAAAGAGAUUUGUUUCGUCAGGACAUUUAAAAUCACAUCAGAGAACACACACAGGAGAGAAGCCUUAUAGCUGUGAUCAAUGUGGGAAGAGCUUUACUCAAUCAAACAACUUGAUAGUACACCAGAGAACACACACAGGAGAGAAACCUUAUAGCUGUACUCAAUGUGGGAAGAGUUUUAUUAAGUCUAACUGUCUGACUAUACACCAGAGAACACACACAGGAGAGAAACCUUAUAGCUGUGCUCAAUGUGGGAAGUGUUUUACUACAUCUAGCCAUCUGUCUAUGCACCAGAGAACACACACAGGAGAGAAUCCUCAUAGUUGAAAUCAAUGUGGGAAGAAUUUUACUCUGAUAUACACACAGGAAAUAAAUAAUGUAGCUGUGAUCAAUGUGUGAAGAGCUACUCUGGUAAAAUAUAUCUGAUCAAACAUCAGAAUAUACAGGAAGGAGUUGUUUCAUGAUGUCAAUGAAAUAGUGUCACAAUGUAGAAUGUUUUAACAUUGAAGGAGUAUUUUAAUG